AUGGCCAACCGUCUUGGCAUCCCAAAGAAGCCAGCCAACAUCCCAAUUGUUGGCAUUAACGCCCUACGAACCCACGCUCGUGAUAAGGUGACCAUCAAGUUUCGAUCCCGUGUAUCAACGUUCCACGCCAGCCUGGAGUGUCUGGUAACGCCAAAAGUGACUGGGACAAUUCCAACUUCCAAGAUCGACAUCGCCCAUUGGAUGAUCCCAGAAGGACUGGUCUUUGCCGAUCCCAAGUUCCACAUUCCCGACAAAGUGGACUUGCUGAUUGACAUCGAGCGGAACAUGCAACAGUUUUGGCGAAACGAGGAAGUACCAGACGUCCCCAACCUGUCGACCGAAGAGAUAGCAUGCGAAGCCCACUUCCUAUCUACCUACCAGCGUGAUGAAUCUGGAAGAUUCAUGGUCCAGCUCCCGUUCAAUAGUGAUCUUCCCCUCCUGAACGACUGUCGUGCUCUGGCCCUAAAGCGUUUUCUGAUGUUGGAAAAACGACUCGUCCGCAAUCCAGAACUUCGAAUUCAGUAUGUGGAUUUCAUCCGGGAAUACGAGGCUCUCGGUCACUGCCGGGAAAUCAUGGAAUCUGAAGACCCGCCCAACCAGCAGAGCUACUACCUUCCUCACCAUGCCGUACUUCGACCUUCCAGCUCGAGCACGAAAUGCCGUGUCGUGUUCGAUGCAAGUGCCAAAUCUUCGCCGUCGCAUCUUUCGCUGAACGAGGUACUCCACGUCGGUCCAGUAGUGCAAAACGAUCUACAUCAUAUCAUGCUACGAUUCCGUAAAUUCAAGGUAGCAUUUACCGGAGACAUCUGUAAAAUGUACCGUCAAGUAGUCGAAGCCCCAUCGGAUCGUCGAUUCUUGCGCAUUUUCUGGCGAGAGCAGCCGUCAUUGCCUUUGCGUGUCUUGGAGUUGUGCACUGUCACCUACGGUACCGCAUCGGCCCCCUAUCAAGCAACCAGGUACUUGGUACAGCUCGUCAAGGAAGAUGGCGAGAACUUUCCCAUCGCCGCUCAUAUAGUGAAGGAGGAGUUCUACAUGGACGACGUACUGUCAGGAGCUGACUCGGUGGAAGAUGCUAUCGUGGCUAAACAGCAGUUAAAGGAACUCCUAAGUCGAGGAGGUUUUCCUAUACGAAAAUGGUGCUCUAAAUCCCAACAGCUGAUGGAGAAUAUUCCUAUCGAUGAACGUGAGACGAUGACUCCGGGGGAGCAAGGAGUGAACGAAACCAUAAAAGUGUUAGGCUUGCGUUGGGACCCAACCGCCGAUACGCUGAAGAUCGCCUAUCAUCCGAAUCCAACUGUGAAACAACCACCAACGAAACGUACGGUGUACUCCGAGAUCGCCAAAUUCUUCGACCCCCUUGGACUGGUUUCGCCGGUGAUCGUCUUGGCGAAACUCCUCGCGCAGAAGCUGUGGCAGCUUAAAAUCUACUGGGACGAUCCGGUGGAUGAAAAUAUUGCCAAGCAGUGGCAAAAUCUUCAACUUUCCCUAAUGCAUCUCCACGACAUCGAGAUCCCUCGGUGUGUUAUUUUGGACAAUGUAGUCGCCUACGAGUUGCAUGGUUUUUCGGAUCCCUCCACAACGGCAUACGGAGCAUGCAUCUACCUACGGUCCCUUUUUGUUGAUGGUUCGGCAAAGCUUCGUCUUCUCACCAGUAAAUCCAAACUGGCGCCUUUGAGUGAGCUCACCAUUCCACGGAAAGAAUUGUGUGCCGCCCUCCUGUUGACCCGUUUACUGGCGAAGGUACUGCCAGCCCUGGAUAUGCCGGUUCAGGAAGUUGUGCUGUGGAGCGACAGUAUGAUUGUCUUAGCCUGGCUAAAGAAACCCCUCAACCAGUUGCAGCUAUUUGUCCGAAAUCGAGUCGCUGUGAUCCAGCAGCACACAGACAAUUUCCGGUGGGAACAUGUACGAUCCCAUCAGAAUCCAGCCGAUGUCAUCUCCCGCGGACAGCUUCCAGAAGAUUUAGCUACCAACACUCUCUGGUGGCAUGGUCCGAGUUACCUUGAAGUGGUGUGCUACGAAGUGGUUAUUCCGGACGAGAUACCUGAGGAAGCGCUACCGGAACUGAAAGCUGCCGUCGCCAUCUCCGAUGUAAGAAUGGAUAUGCCUUUGUUCUUCUCCAAUUACAGCAAUUUCCGCAAGCUACAACGAAUUGUUGGGUACAUUCGUCGGUUUGCUAAUAAUUGCCGUAAGCAGAAUCCAACCGACCGAGAACUGAGACCCCAUCUGACCGUCCAUGAACUUCGCCGUGCAACAGAAUCCAUCAUCCACGUCAUACAACAUGCACACUUUGCUGACGAAAUCAAACGAGUCCUCGACAACGAACCCUGUAAGAGUCGCCAUCAAAUUAUCUUACCGGAUAAGGAUCCGGUGAUUCAUCGUUUCAUCCAGCAGAUGCACGUCGAACUUCUUCACGUUGGGCAAACAGGUUUGCUGAAUGCUCUUCGCCAAAGGUACUGGCUCCUAAAAGGUCGAUCCAUCAUCCGUUUCAUCACCCGUCGAUGCGUUAAAUGCUUCCGAACCCAUCCUACGACACCCAAUCAACUAAUGGGAAACCUGCCAGCGUCGAGAGUGAUGCCAUCGCCCCCGUUCGCCAUAACUGGUGUGGGUUACGCUGGCCCCUUCUGGAUUAAACAAGGGUCACGUCGUCCAACGCUGACCAAGGCGUACGUAGCAGUCUUCGUCUGCAUGGCAACUAAGGCUGUGCACCUGGAAGUCGUCUCCGAUUUGAGCACCGAUGCUUUCCUGGCAUCUCUAAGAAGAUUAAUUGCUCGCCGAGGAAUGAUUCAUGAGGAUUCUGGGAGGCAGCCGUGA